AUGGAGCAGAGCCCCGAAGACCAUCUGUCACCGCCAGACGGACAAGCGGCCAACCACGGACUAUAUGAAGAUGUUGUUUCGAGGUUGGCACAGAUGGAGAGGCUGGUGGAGGAGCUGCAAUCCACAAAGCCAGACCAGGGACCAACACCUCCACAGCACUAUGUCCCGACGGCUAGUGAGGUAAAGGCAAGUGCCUCAAGUGCCUCAAAUGCGUCGCCCCUGGGGACGACAUCGUCAAACAAUCCAUCGCCCCUGUCGAGACGAAAGGCUAGCAGCGCAAGCCCUUCUUCCGGCAACCCUGACACCUAUCCAUCGCCGCCGUCCGUUACCUCGUCGUCCUCGACCGGGGCAAGACCGUAUUACGUCGGUGCCCCUGACGAAAGUACAGUUGUCGCACAAGGUGCUUGCUCCCUGCUCUCGCCGCAAGGCUUGAAUCAAAUCGAGCUUCUCAUUGGCGACUCCAGGUUCAGCAAUGCUCUAAGAGGCCUGCAACCAAAGGUCCUGGAUAUCCACGCGCAGCCUUAUCUUGAGCAUGCCGACACCAACCACCCUCUACCCCCAAACCAUGUUAUCAUGGACUGCAUCAAUGAGCACGAAUUACGAACUGCUCUUCGGUCAUACUUUCAGGGUCAGCCUCCGGCUGAUCCAGGUUGGCGCAUGGCGGUCAAUGUUAUUAUCGCACACACGCUCCGCAGGAGGAGUGGCAUGCGGAAUAAGGAAGAGUAUCAAAAGUACAUUUACAACGCACUGGGAAUGGUACCCAACGUUAUUCUACGCACACCAUCGCCUCUGUCGAUUGGGGCAUUACUGUCAACAGUCAUGUAUUUCAGCUUCACAUCUGAGAACCAUAUUGCCCUUACCCUCAUGGGUCUCACUGUCCAGCUCCUCUUGAUGGCAGGUUACCAUCGGCCAGAGCCGGACAUGGCUUUCGCGCGCCCUCAGCAGCUCAUCCCCGGAGAGUACCUCCACCGCCGCCGCCUCUUCUGGCACGCGUACGUGAUUGACCACGACCUCAUGUUGCGGAUCGGAAAACCUGCCCUCAUCAGCGACGACUUCCUCCUGGACCUCCCCGAAGAGCAUCCGUUUGACGGGUACAGCAUGUACUACUACCCUAAUGACGUGACGCUCAACUACUUCCUUGAGCAGGUCCGCCUCGCCCAGAUUCAGGGCCGCAUCUCCACGUCAUUGUACACCCGCAGCGGCGUUCCAGCGGCUGAGCUCGAGGCCGAGAUCCGCCGCCUUGACACCGAGCUGCAGGAGUGGCGUCAGAGUAUCCCGCCGAUGAUUCGCGCCGACAACGUCGACGCGCUGCUCGAUGGUGACUACUCCAGGCUGGUGUGCCUGACAACGUUGCACUACACUUACUUCCAACUUGUUGUGGCGAUCCAUUCUGCCGCCUUCAGGCUGCCCACGUUGGAGGAUCAGGAGGGAGUUGAGACCGGCGACAUAGGUCCUAGUCUGGCGCUCUGCGUGAGUGCAUCACGCGCUGCGAUCUCGCUAUUGAACUACCACCAGAUCGAACACCCAUAUACGCCGUACCUCCUGUAUCAAAUAGCGUGGAGCGUUGACAUUUUGUUCGUCAAUAUUCUCCAGAACAAAGAUAACCCCCGCGCUCGUCGUGAUCUCGACCUCAUUCGCACCGUCAUCUCCUUCUUUGAAAAGUACGACCCAGGUCACCGGUCCGUCAUCUCGUACCAAAUCAUCAAGGUCAUCGCCGACGUCGCGGCCACGGUCCUUGCAAACACCCCAACCCUGCCUCCGCACAUGCUCCCCGUCACCCGCGGUCCGGCUGCCACCCAGCAGGUCCCACUCCCAGGUCAGAAUAUGCCAAUGAUGCCUGGCUCAGCAGGUGCAUUGCAGGGACCUUUCUCUCCUCAGACAUCCGGACCGGGGACGGCCCGCAGCGGCAGCAUAAGCGGAAGCACUCCCGAUGUCAUAGGCUCCAUGACAAGUCUGUCCAUGACGGACCAGCAGCAGCAGCAACAACAACAACAACAACAACAACAACAACAACAACAACAACAACAACAACAACAACAACAGCAACAACAGCAACAACAGCAACAACAGCAACAACAGCAACAACAGCAACAACCGUCACCAUUCAUGGACUUGUCAGCAGGGUUGACGUCACCCAACGCCAGUCAGCUCUUCCCCGGAUUCAUGGACAUGAGCGACUGGAGGCUACCGAUGGAUUAUCAGCCAGAGCUUUGGCAAUACGAGAGCCUCCUAGGCAGUCGGUUUCCCAAUCAGAAUUAA